CACUCUGCAGCGCCAACACCACCACGCCAUUCUCUUCUCUCUCUAGCCGCGGCGCGGCAGAGCAAAAGGAAAACCCUCGUCGGAAUCGACGCCGCGGCGGCCGGCGGGUAGAAUCACGGGUUCUGGAAUUGCGAGGCUCGCUGAAGGGUGGUGCGCGGUUGGGAUCUCGCUGCGCGGCCGUCGCUAGGCCACAAUGUCGACGUAUCCUGUGCUGAAUGACCAGCCAAUUGAUCAGUGGAAGUUCACGGAACUGAAAGAUGAGCUCUCUAGGAGGAACUUAUCUACCGAUGGCUUGAAGGAUGAUCUCGUGAAAAGGCUCUUUGAGGAACUUCAGGGUGAUAUACUUGGUGGAGAAGGGCCAGUUGGUGGAUCUCCUCCCGAUGAUGAUCUCAAAGAGGACGAAACCCCUGGUUCGGCUGAUGCAUCUGUUUGCCAGGCUGCGAUGGAACAAAAUGUUGAUGAAGGUCCUUCUCAGGUUGCACCUCUGGAAGGAGAUCCUGUUGUUUCUGUUACAGAGGCUAGUGACAAAAGUGCUGAUGCUACUACAGAAGUUAGUCAGGAUGCUGUAGUUAGUACCGAGGAAGUUAGUCACACAACUCUUGUUGCAGAGGCUAGUGAGAAAAGUGCCGUUGCUACUGCAGAAGUUAGUCAGGAUGCUGUAGUUAGUACUGAAGAAGUUAGCCAGACAACUCUUGUUGCUGCUACUGAAGUUUGCGAUGCUCCUCUUGUUGAUGAAACAGCGUAUGAAAUUUCUCCAAGUGAUGCAGUGGUAACUAAUGGAGAUCACCUAGAAUCAGCUCCAAUUGGUAGUAAUGUAGUGAAGGAAGCGUCUCCACAAGCUGAUUGUCAUAGUGAGAUUAUUGCAGAGAAGGCUCCAGAAGAAGGCACCAUCAAGAAAGUGAUUGCUACAUGUGAUGUUGCCGGUACUGAUGUCAAGUUGGAUGCAACUUCUGCUAAUGGCAAGUUAGAUGCUGAUAUUGUAGAGCAAGAUGCAGUAUCAUCACCUCCAGAUGCUAGUCCGUCACAUCUUGAUCCAUUGGAUGUUGAUGCUGUUGCAGCUGCACCAGGACAAAGUGCUGAGACCCUGAUUCCUGUGAUAGAUUUGAAUGAUAAUGCUUUGAUGAACGGCAAUGACCUUGAAGAUUCUCAGCGCACAAACAGUACCUGCAAACCAACCGUGGCAGGGACAAAAGACCAGGUAACUGAGGCCAACCCUGUUCUAGGUUCUCAAAUCAAGUGUGUUCUGAUUCCGCAUAACAAUAUAUCAACUAAUGUAAAAGGUGACCUGAAUGCUGACAAUUCUGAUUUGGAAAUAGAGAUUAAGAGGAAUAUGGUCAAACCACCAUGCAACAUUCCCUCCAUAAGUGAUGGUAUGCAGGCAUUGGACGAUGACAAUGAGUUGUCUAAGGACGGGACCCCAUUGCAAGAAAUAGAAUCUGAAACCAAUAUUAUCUUGGACAAGAAAGAGGACAGUCCUGAUGGCACUUUUCCUGAAAAACUGGUAGACAGGAGCUCGAUGGAGGAGGAUGUGAUGGAAAGUAAGCAUGUUAAUCCCGUUAUCAGAUCUGAUGAUCUUGGAGGAAAGACUGUGGUGGUUACCUCAGACCAUGAAGAGGUAAAAGAGGUGAUCCUCUUUAAUACUGUUGCCAAUGAUUCAUCUGUGGAGACAAUGGAUAUUGUUCAUGAAGAGAAGCCAGUAACUUCAUCCGAAAAGAGGAAACUUGAAGACCAAGAAGUAGUUGCGGAUGAGCCCAUCAAACGUCAGUGCAAUGUGGAUACUCUCAAAAUUCCUAAGCAACAAACAUCCAAACUAAGUAGCUCAGAUUCUCCAAAGGUUGUGGUUCAGCCUGCCCUAAAACAUUUUGUUGGCAGGUCUGAUUCAACACCAAGUGGAGGUUCUCACAAAGAACGGAUAGUGCCACUUUCUCAGAAGCCUGCAACAACUUCCUUGAAAGUUGAUCGAUUUGUGCGCCCAUUUACUUUGAAAGCUGUGCAAGAGCUUCUUGGUAGAACUGGAUCUGUUUGCAGCUUCUGGAUGGAUGAUAUCAAGACCCACUGCUAUGUUACAUACUCUUCAGUGGAUGAAGCUGUGGCUACCAGGAAUGCUGUUUACAACCUCCAAUGGCCCCUAAACAAUGGCAGUUACUUAGCUGCCGAAUUUGUUGAUCCACUUGAGGUGAUGCUCAAAAUUGAACACCCUCCUCCACCGCCACCGCCUACCAGCCUCAGCAAGGAUACAUCUCCAAAUGCAGUAGCCUUCCAACAAGUGAAGGAUAACCAAACCAUGCUUCCGCAUGGCGCCGGUACCUCAAGGGGCCUGUCACCUACUCCACAACCUCAUAAAAAGUUGUUUCCUACCUCUAACCCCGAGCCAGAAAGGGAGAUGCUCCCAUCCCCUCCAAAGAAACCCGGAACAACUAUCAAGACACUCGAUGAUCUAUUCAAGAGGACACAGGCCUCUCCGAUGAUCUACUACUUGCCCUUGUCAGACGAGGAGGUGUCAGCCAAGCUUGCAGCAUGCAGCAGGCGAAUGAGGAGACAUUAGGGGACUCAAACCUGCUGCUCGUGCUGGCACAACCGGUGUGGUCGGCAGAUGCUCUUCCCAAUAUCCGACCGUUGGUGUUGCAGCAGUUAACAUGAAGACUGCAGUUGCCGCUUGUAGUGGUUGGUGAUAUUUUGCGGAGAAGUUUGCACCGUCUUUAUCUUGAUCACUGAGUAGUCCUUGUGUAAAUUGAACUAGCUCUAGUUUUGCUUAUCCGCCCAGCUGUGUCAACAUGCACACGCCGAUUUCGAUCACUGACUCAGUAAUCUUUUGGAUCAGUUGAGCAACGCGCUGCUUGUAUGUUGAUGAACUUAAUGCGUAUGAGUCCUACUGGUUGCUCU